UUUCUCAGAACAGCCGGAAAAGGCAAGCGUUGGGCGGUGCGUGUCUCUCUCGCCUCCCCUUCCGCCGCCUGCUCCGCCCCGGGUGCUGCGGAGCGGGGCCGCCGCGCAGUUUUCGGCAUGGCAGUGGACUGGCUCGGCUUUGGCUACGCCGCCCUGGUGGCAUCAGGAGGGAUCAUUGGCUACGCAAAAGCAGGUAGUGUUCCAUCACUAGCUGCUGGUCUUUUCUUUGGGAGUUUGGCUGGACUGGGUGCUUAUCAGGUCUCACAGAAUCCAAAUAACGUUUGGGUUUCUCUGAUUACCUCUGGAGCACUGACUGCCGUCAUGGGAACAAGAUUUUACAACUCCAGAAAAUUCAUGCCUGCAGGGCUAAUUGCUGGUGUCAGUUUGCUAAUGGUUGGAAGAUUAGCACUGAAGAUGCUGGAAAAGCCCCAGGAUAAGUAACUGUUAAUUUUACAUCUUAAUAUUUGGAAAACGAAACCUGAUAAUGAAGUUGCAUGAAUGAAGAAGUGAGAAGAUGGAAAAAUUUUCUGUAUCAAGACUUUUUUUUCUCAUUUUUAUGUAAGGGGAACAGACAGUUUAUAUACAAGGUGCCAUUUGUUCCAAUGAUCAGAUAGAGCUGUAUGUGUAUAGAGAGAAAUGGGUCCUGGCUCUGAUUUUUCCAGACAUGUUUCAAUGUAUUUUAACGCUUCCAUGUUUGUAUAUUCCAAAAUACACUGCUGACAUGUAUGAAGCAGAGAGAACCUGUAAUUAAGAAAAUAUCUACAAAGAGGCACCAGGAGUAAGUGGCUAAAUACAAUAGUGUAUCUCCGACCUUUUAUACUGAGUAUUACAGCGUGCUUUACCCGUUGCAUUCUGAAUUGAUAUACCAUGUCUUUAUAAUGUCAAACAGAUCUUGCCUUUUUAUUGUUAAAUGAUGCUAAAAUGAUGCUUUUCUAUAAGUAAAAUCUGUUACAAACCUUUA